CUUUUCAACUGAAGUCCAGACCUACUGAGAGAGCGAGGGAAGGAAGCUUGCAAGCUAUUAGCUCGAGCUCGAGAGAGCUCACAAGGGGAGGCGAAGAUGCUGGAGAUGUUCGAGGUGGGCCCGUGCGAGAGCUCCUAUGAGUUGGGCUUCCAGAUUGGCCGGAGAUUUUCGGAUGUGAUAGGGAUCAGGCUAUCGAAAGAUCUCAUUCUCCAAAACCAGCUCCUCCCUUGGGCAAGAACUGAAGAAUCACGUCCCCUCAUUGAAGCUCUCACUCGAAGCAACCGGGACAAGUUCCCAGGGUAUUGGGACGAGCUCAUAGGAACAGCAGAAGGAAGUGGUGCACCCUUACUCGAAAUAAUGCUGAUAAACUUCAGGAAGGAAAUCCUAUCCUUUCUUCCAGUUCCAGAGGCGAUCACGGCCGCUUCCAAUGCUGCGAUUGAAUGCUCUGAUGUUCUUGUCGUGGAUGAGUCUGUGGCGGUCGUGGCGCACAAUGAGGAUGCCAGUGUCGCUCUCCUAGGCCACACUUACCUGAUAAAGGGGACUCUGCCAAAUCAGAUCUGCUUCGUCGCUUACACAUAUGCAGGAGAGCUCCCGAGCUGUGCUUUCGGGUUCAACAACUGUGGAAUGGUUCUUUUCAUUUCUCAGGCAUUUACAUUGAAUUCUGUGCCACCAUCCAAAGAUGAGAUCAUGUUCGGCGGAGUCGGGCGGAACUUCAUCUCAAGGGACCUCCUGGAAGCAAAGAGCAUGAAUGAUGCACUAGAUAAAAUUCAUUCAUCAGAAGUCUCUGUGGGCCACAGUUAUAAUUUAAUUGAUGUGAGGUCAAGAAAGAUUCUCAAUGUCGAAACUGCAUCAAGAAGCCGACUAUCGAUACACGAGGUUGGGAGGAAUCCUUUCUUCCACGCAAACAUGUAUCUCCAUCUUCAAGUCCCACAGGUACAUGAUGAGAACUCAAUAACCAGACAAAAGAGAGCUGCAACGUUACCAAAACGAUCAAAAGAAGACUUCCUUUCAGUUCUUGGAGACACGGAGGAUGCAAAAUACCCAAUAUUCAUGACAGGUCCGACGCUUUACACACUGUGCACUGCCCUGAUGGAUCUGGACCAACAGACAAUGAGUAUCAUUCAAGGGAACCCGAAGAAUGGAGAAAUCUCUCAUAUAUUCUCUAUGCUUACAAAAGAACUCGAGAUUAUACACUGAAGGCCGUAAUUGGGAGCCCAGUUCCCCCCAAUGAAAGGUGGAUAUAGCGUCUCAAAUGCUGCAUCAAGUUACACCUCAAAAGUGAGGAGGAUACUAAUUUUUUACCCCGCUGUAUGAGCUCCAGGAAUCUGGGUCUCUAAUUGCUCGAAACCAGUAGAAUAGAGUCAUCACAAUAAAAAGUGACAAUUUGCUGAGCAGUUGUGGUGAUCCGGGAAGUAUUGCAGGAUAACAUAUUAGCCUAGAAGUAUAAAAAGCCUUCUGAUAGUAACAAGGAGGAUAAUUAUAUAUCUGGAGAUUCAAUUACUUGUAAGGUACAAUCUCUAUAAACUAUCCACAAUCCGGUUGGCAUUGUACUGGUUACACCUCAUACUAAGGAUCCGAUUCUAAGCAAAAGAUCAAAGACAGGCUAUGGAGGUAAAAGUGGCAAAAAAAAAAAAGUAAAAAAGAUAUUCACAUGUGAUUAUGCUUGACAAACAAUCUC